AUGCCUACAAUAGCUGUGGACAAAGCAGCAUUAUUCGAGGAGCUUGGAAAGGAAUACACGACCCAAGAGUUCGACGAACUAUGUUUCGAGUUCGGGAUUGAACUUGAUGAGGAUACUUCCACACAAGACCGGCCAGUUGUCAAUGGCAAACAAGAAGCACCUCAGUUGAAGAUCGAGAUACCGGCGAACAGAUAUGAUAUGCUGUGCUUCGAGGGCAUCUCUCUCAUGCUUAAGAUAUUCCAAGGUCAAACAGAAUCGCCAAAUUACAGACUAGUUGCACCACCGGACGGCAAAGUGCAAACGAUCACAGUCAAAGAAGAGACAUCGAGGAUACGCCCGUAUAUCUCUGGCGCCAUCUUGAGAAAUAUCAAUCUUACACAGGCGAGAUAUGAGUCCUUCAUCGCUUUGCAGGACAAGCUACAUCAGAACCUUGCCCGGCAACGUACAUUGUGUGCGAUUGGCACGCAUGAUCUUGAUACCUUACAAGGACCAUUCACAUACGAAGCGUUGCCGCCAACAGACAUCAACUUCGUGCCCUUGAACCAAACUAAAUCCAUGAAUGGUGAAGAGCUCAUCCAGUUCUAUGAGAAAGACAAAAGUCUUGGUCGGUACUUGCAUAUUAUCCGUGACUCGCCUGUGUACCCUGUAAUCUACGACUCUCAGAGAACCGUCUGCUCCCUACCACCAGUCAUCAAUGGCAAUCACUCCAAGAUCUCUGCAAGCACGAGGAAUGUUUUCAUCGAGAUCACUGCACUAGAUAAGACCAAGGUUGAGAUAGUUAACAAUAUUCUCGUCGCAAUGUUCUCCCGAUACACCGAUGAGCCUUUCACUGUUGAACCUGUAAAGAUCGUCUCUCCUCAUAACUCCCAAACCCGCCAAGUACCAGACCUUACUCCUCGAGCGACCCAAGCAGAGCUCCAAUAUAUCAAUGAAUGCUGUGGACUCGAGCUGUCUCCUACGGAUAUUUGCAAAAUGCUUACACGAAUGUCAUAUCACGCAACUCCCUCGAAAACAGAUCCAAACCUAAUUGAUGUUGACGUCCCUCCUACAAGAGCAGACGUUCUGCAUCAGGCUGACAUAAUGGAGGACGUGGCAAUUGCUUACGGCUUCAACGAGCUCCCCAGAUCUUUCCCCAGCAAAUCCGGCACAGUGGCCCAACCGCUAGCUCUGAACAAGUUAUCAGAUAUCGUCCGCCUCGAAGCAGCAAUGGCCGGUUGGACCGAAGUUCUACCGCUCAUCCUCUGCUCGCAUGAUGAAAACUUUGGCUGGCUGAACCGAAAAGAUGAUGGCACCACUGCCGUUCGGCUCGCCAACCCGAAAACAGCAGAAUACCAAGUCAUCCGAACAUCAUUACUACCCGGCUUACUCAAGACGAUCCGAGAAAACAAGAAGCACAGCAUUCCGAUCAAGAUCUUCGAAGUGAGCGACGUUGCCUUCAAAGCGCCCGACCUGGAACGAAAGAGCAGAAACGAACGACACUUCGCCGCGGCAUGGUAUGGCAAGACGUCUGGAUUCGAGAUUGUUCAUGGACUGCUCGACCGCAUCAUGUUGAUGCUCAAGACUGCUUUCCGUACCCAGGAGGAGGGCCUACAGGACCAGGCUAUGGAGUAUUGGAUCGAGGAAGAUGCAGAUAAUCCGACCUUCUUUGAGGGUCAUGCUGCGAAGAUUCAUGUCAAAAUUGCGGAUAAAGAGAGUGUGGUGGGUGUUUUUGGCAUCUUGCAUCCGACGGUGCUGGAGAAGUUUGAGCUGAAAUAUCCGAUUAGUGCCCUGGAGGUGAACGUCGAGGUCUUCCUGUGA